UCCUGCGGAGAAUCGUUAGAGGGCAGUGCCGUAAAUAUACACGGUUGACGUAAAUAUCCAAAAACACACGUCUUUUUGUUUAUAUAGGUCAAUUCAGCGCUUCUAGUUUUCUCUUAAUGAUCCUUGCUGAUAUUUCGUAGAAAAUGCGAGUAAAAUCGAUGUAAAGUGUUUAUUUGCGGCGUUUAUCUCCGACUGAAGACAUGACGAAACACGACAAACUAUGGAGAAUAGAUUCAGUGUUUUGAUCGACAACGAAGACUUCUCUCGCUUUUCUACGACAGAGAACAAUCUCCAUUUCGAAAGAACUAAGACGCUUUUUGAGGAGAUACGUGCCUCCAUAAACAACAAUGAAGAAGAGGACCGCUCGUUCUGGAGGCCUGUGCUCCCGUGGGGCGGAGUUUUCACCAUCAGGGCUGGGCGGAAAGCCGUGUCCUGCAUCCCCCUGUACGUGGAGAUCCAGCUGAAGAACACAUGCACCAUCGACGGCUUCCUCAUGAUCCUGUAUGUGAUUCUUCGGGACAACCGGGGUUUCCACAGGGAGCUUGCUGUCUUUCUCGGCAAGCAGUUUAUUGAACAUUUUCUGUACUUGAUGGACUCCUGUGACUACACCACAGUGAAGAUGCUGUGGAUCUGGAACAGGAUGUCCAAGAGACAGUAUCGCUCAGAGAUCCACCAGACUGCAUUGGAGAUUGACCUGUUCGGGAAUGAGCACCAGAACUUCACGGAGAACCUGGAGAACCUCAUGUCCACCAAGCAGCAGAGCCUGUGCACCAACUGGAGCUGUCCAACUCGCUUCCAAGACAUCACCAAAACAACCAUCAACAUCAGCCCUCCUCACGAGCUCCCACACAGAGAUCCGAUUCAGUCAGCUGUGGAUGAGUUCUUCAGCCCUAAACUCCUCCUCUGCACAGAAAAAGGGUGUGAUGGCUUAAGGGAGUUCUCUCAUAGGGUGUUCUGCCAUGGUCCUCCACCCUUUGUUAUUCUCAACAUGCAGCAGUGGAGGUCUGAAGAUCUGUCGUAUGUUCCAUACCACCUGGUUCUCUGUCAGCACAGGUAUUUGCUAGAGGGCGCCACACUCUUCAACAAAGAGGAGCAUCACUACUCUGCAGCCUUUCAGAUUGACGGCUGCUGGAUGCACUAUGAUGGCCUGAGAAGUGACAAUCUAAUCCUGCUACACAAGCCGCCUGAGCUCCUGCUGCUCUCCUCUCUGGUCUACGUUCGCGCCUCGCAGAAAUGAAAACCUUCGAGUCCCAGAAAGACGUUCAGGAUAGUUGAGUCCUCAUCAAGCACAAGGGCAUAUCAUCUUCUGCGACCUCUCUGGCUUUUACGUCUUGGCGAUACAAUUAUUCAACAAUUUUUCUCCCCGAUUUUUAUUGUGAGUUUUCACAAACCUUCAUGAUUCCUGUUUCAGUUGCAAACUGAUGUGUUGCACUGUUUCUCCUGGGGUCUUAUACAAUAUGGAAGUUAGUUUCCUUCUUGGGCUGUAAUCCGAGAACAUAACGGACUAUAAUAGUUCUGAGUUGAUAUACAUUAUGUUGGUGAAAAGUACGUUUUUUUAAUAUUCCUUCAAAGCAGCUCACAGCAAAGACUUUGAUCUGCUCUGAUCAAUAGAUUAAUGUCCUUUAGGGAUUGGCUUCACUGCUUAAAAAGUGAAAAUUUCCCAGCAAAAAUACAUUCUCCCUUAAACAUACAUAUAUAUGUACUGGUGCUUUUUCUAUUUACACUGUGCUUUAUGGAAUAAAAUGUUAGUUUGAGCAUUUCAUGUAAAAUUCCUAAAAUCUAGAAAGAUUUAUGGAAAAAGUUCACGUCUGAUUUUAAACAAUGAAGCAUGCAUGUGAAUGGAAGUAGUUCAACACUCUCCUAUGCUAUUUUAUAAAACGUGUUUGACCUCAAUGACCAUAUAGUGCCUGUGGCAUAGAAAGCUUGUAUGUAUUUUGCUGUUAAGUCUGAAUCAACUAUUUUUGUCCCAAAAUGUUCUGUUUAAAUGCAAAUAAAACAUUUGAAAUA